AUGUCCCUCAUUCCAUCCUUCCGCCAAGCAUCCUCCACAGCCACCCGAGGCUUCUCUCGAUCUAUUCGCCCUUCGCGAGUCGCCUACGUCCCCUUGUCCUCUUCACCACUCGCCUUCACCCGUCACGCCUCAACCGCUCCCAAAACCAAAUCCAAAUUGACCGAAGAUCUCGAAAAGAAAGUCGAAGCGCAAAAGGCGCAAAUGGCGCGGGCGGAGAAGGCCAAUCCUGCAAUGAGUUUUGGCACUCAGACAUUACCUGUUUUUGAGCCCUUUUUGGACCCUCCCACAAAGUUGCCCGAGUUCCUGCACAGAGUCUGGAAUAAAGUCAAUCCCUGGAUCAAGGUCGACCCGGAAGCAGAGGAAUUCAGGCGUGAAAGAUAUUCAUACACGGUUCAAACGAUUGGCGAAUUGAUGGCAAAGAGAGCUCUGGAGGAGUACAGAACUUCGUUCUUGGUCCAUACGCCUUCCCCAGCUCGUCACAUGUGGCUAUGGAUGCGAGGACCGGGAGCGGCGUCAAAAACCGUAAAGGCUUUUGCUCAAAAGUAUUACGAGUACAUGCAGUGCCAAGCUUCGGGCACUAUCGGUCAAGCCUUGGCUCUCUCCAAAGAUGAAGCGUACAAGACGGCUCAGCACAUCAUCCGCAACAGGAAGGACAAGUUGACAUGGCAGUUGGUCAAGGAGAACAAGCCACCCGUGCUUCUUUCUGCUCGAAUGACCAUGAUAGAUCCCAGAGAUAUGAAGAUUGGUGCGCAGAUCGUGGUUGCGUUUGACACUCAGCAGGCUCUGAUCACCCACAAAUCGAAUGGGACAGCGACCAGGCGGACCAGGCGUGUUGAGGAGAUGAUGAUCUUUGAGAGAUUGAUUCCCCAUAGGGAUGGGUGGAAGAUCAAGGGCAAGCUGGUGCCAAAGGAGAAUAUAGUGACGCAGGUUCCGUCCUCUCCCGCACCCAGUUACCACGGCAUAGAAAAGUAG